UGCGAUACCGAAUCCGAGCCCUUGUCGCCUAGCUCCGUAAUUCUUGAUCUCCCCGAGGGUAUUUUCGUCACAUCAUCCUUCGUAUAAAACUGCCGACGCGCAGCGUCCCCCUCGCCACUCAACCUCUGACUGAGGUACGAAAGCAACGGAUCGGAGAGGGGGGAGAGAGAUCGCCAUUGCCGAGUCCUGAUCUCUCGUUCGAGCUCGAAACCCCAGGGAGCAGAUCGUACGGACCCUGCCGGGUUUGAAGUACGUUGAUAAAGAAAAAGAAAAGAAAAAGCGAGGUGGAUUCUUCGACAGGGGCAUCUGCUGACGCUCAUAAUUUAACGAACGCUGAAGGGGGGGAUUAUAGCCCACUUUUACGGUGAAAGAGGGAUCUUUUUUUUUCGUUGUUGCUGUUGUGGGUAAUGGUAAGAAGGAAGAGAAACUAGCGGAGAGAUGAUGACUGUUGCUUCUUGUAAAGAGGGAAAGGGAGGGAUUGAUCCUGGGAAGUACGUUAGAUAUACUCCGGAGCAGGUCGAAGCCCUCGAGAGAUUGUAUCAUGAGUGCCCGAAACCGAGCUCUCUCCGUAGGCAGCAGUUGAUUAGAGAGUGCCCCAUCCUCUCUAACAUUGAGCCUAAGCAGAUUAAAGUUUGGUUUCAGAAUUUCAGAUGCAGGGAGAAGCAGCGGAAGGAGUCCUCGAGGCUUCAGGCUGUGAAUCGCAAGCUGACAGCCAUGAAUAAGCUGUUGAUGGAAGAGAAUGAUCGAUUGCAGAAGCAGGUGUCACAGUUGGUGUAUGACAAUGGCUACUUUCGACAGCAGACGCAGACUGCUGCGUUAGCAACCACAGACACGAGCUGUGAGUCAGUUGUGACGAGUGGUCAGCGCCAUUUGACACCUCAGCAUCCUCCAAGGGAUGCUAGUCCUGCUGGACUUAUGUCCAUAGCAGAGGAAACAUUAGCAGAGUUUCUUUCAAAGGCAACUGGAACUGCUGUUGAGUGGGUUCAAAUGCCUGGGAUGAAGCCUGGUCCGGAUUCCUUUGGAAUCGUUGCUAUCUCACAUGGUUGCACUGGUGUGGCAGCACGAGCUUGCGGUCUAGUAGGCCUAGAACCUACAAGGGUCGCCGAGAUCUUGAAAGAUCGGUCAUCAUGGUUCCGUGAUUGUCGGUCGGCGGAUGUCAUAAAUGUGUUGCCAACUGCAAAUAGUGGAACCAUUGAGUUGCUCUACAUGCAGCUCUAUGCUCCUACAACUCUGGCACCUGCUCGUGAUUUCUGGUUGAUUCGGUAUACAUCAGUUUUGGAAGAUGGAAGUCUCGUGGUAUGUGAAAGAUCACUCAACAGUACACAAGGUGGGCCAAGCAUGCCUCUGGUGCAGCCUUUUGUCAGGGCAGAAAUGCUCCCUAGUGGGUAUCUGAUAAGACCCUGUGAAGGGGGUGGGUCUAUGAUUCACAUUGUUGAUCAUGUGGACUUGGAGCCAUGGAGUGUACCCGAAGUUUUGCGGCCACUAUAUGAGUCAUCUACUGUGCUUGCUCAGAAGACAACAAUUGCUGCAUUACGACAUCUGAGGCAAAUUGCACAUGAUAUUUCUCAUUCUAGUAUCACUGGAUGGGGAAGGCAACCUGCAGCUCUAAGAACACUUAGCCAGAGAUUGUGCAGAGGUUUCAAUGAAGCUCUAAAUGGCUUUUCUGAUGAUGGAUGGUCCAUAAUCAAUACUGAUGGUGUAGAUGAUGUUGCUAUCCUUGUUAAUUCUUCGCCUAGUAAGAUGAUGAGCUUGAAUCUUGGCUUUGUGAAUGGCUUUCCAUCUGUCACCAACUCAGUGCUUUGUGCCAAGGCAUCCAUGCUUUUGCAGAAUGUCUCCCCAGCAUUGCUCUUAAGGUUCUUGCGAGAACACCGAUCAGAAUGGGCAGACAGCAGUAUUGAUGCUUACUCUGCUGUAGCUGUCAAAGCUACUCCUUGCACUUUACCUGCAUCCCAGUUUGCAGGCUUUGGGGGCCAGGUUAUACUUCCUUUGGCUCAUACACUUGAGAAUGAAGAAUUCUUGGAGGUCCUUAAGUUAGAGAAUAUCGGCCAUAUUCAUGAUGCUCCUAUGCCUAGAGAUCUGUUUCUCCUUCAAGUCUGCAGUGGCGUGGAUGAGAAUGCUAUAGGCAACUGUUCUGAGCUAGUCUUUGCCCCAAUUGAUGCAUCUUUUGCAGAUGAUGCCCCUUUAUUGCCUUCUGGUUUUCGCAUUAUUCCCCUUGACUCUGUGAAUGAAAACUCGAGUCCAAAUCGCACUCUAGACCUUGCUUCUGCUCUUGAAGUUGGACAAACAAAAAGCAAAGUUGGUGGUGAUUCAGCUGGCACUUGUGGUAGCAUGAAGUCUGUGAUGACAAUAGCAUUCCAAUUUGCUUAUGAGAAUAACCUCCAAGAAAAUGUGGCGACCAUGGCAAGGCAAUACAUCCGCAAGAUAAUAUCAUCUGUCCAGAGGGUUGCUUUGGCACUCUCACCUUCUCGUCUUGGUUGCAAUGGAGUGCUCCACCCACCACCAGGAAGUCCUGAGGCAGUCACACUUGCUCGGUGGAUCUGUAAUAGCUAUAGGUGUAAUUCUGGAGUUGAUCUUUUUAAACCCACUGCUGAAGGAAGUGAUUCACUUCUUAAAACACUUUGGCAUCAUGCAGAUGCUAUUAUGUGCUGUUCUCUGAAGGCAAUGCCGGUUUUCACCUUUUCAAACCAGGCAGGACUUGACAUGCUUGAGACAACUCUUAUUGCCCUUCAAGACAUUACUUUGGAAAAGAUAUUUGAUGACCGAGGCCGGAAAACCCUCUGCACCGAGUUUCCAAAUAUUAUGCAGCAGGGUUUCGGGUGCCUUCAGGGAGGUAUAUGUAUUUCAAGCAUGGGAAGGCCAAUAUCUUACGAGAGAGCAGUUGCGUGGAAGGUGUUGAAUGAUGAAGAGGAAGCUCACUGCAUUUGCUUCAUGUUCGUCAACUGGUCCUUUGUUUAGAUGAAAUUUCUGAACCAAAAGCAAUAGAUGCAGCAAACGAAAUGAUCGUAAAUUAUCAUAUAUAUGUAUGCAAGUAUCUACUUGUACUUUUGAUAUGAAGAAAGACGCCCCCAUUGUAAACUUAAACCCACUCUUUCUUCCUUUUGGUUCUUGCAUGUAAGGAAAAAAACACCUUUUUUAUUUUGGGGUUUGUUGUAUAUGUUUCUAUGAGUGUGGUAGUUGUGCUAAGGAGUUUUUAUGCAGGGCGGGUAAGCUCUUUUUCCUCUGAAAUUUACAGUCUACUUUCUGUAGCUUUAAACGUCCCACUGAAGCAGUUGAGUCCAAAGGAAAUGCAAAUGUUCUUUUCUUC